UUGAACGCGGUUAAGAAGGACUUAGUUCUUUUUCUACAUUGUCUGAAUGCAGUUGUAUGAUUGCGAGAAGUUGCGUACAUCGUCAAAUUUAAAUUAUCUCGAUAAAUAACAUUGAAUUCAAUUUGAUAUUUGAUUAAAUUAUUGUGUAUAAGGUUUAAGUUCAAUGAUUUAAUUAAAUUUGUCUUGCUUUGUCCGAAACUUCAGUUCUUCAGUUUACUAUUAAACAGAAGUUAUUAUAUUGUGUAAUAUAGACGAAAGAGAUGAGAAAAAAUGCCAAAUUUUUAUUGGGAGGAGCUGCUGGUUUCGUUGUACUGGUUGCAUGUACUCUCGCUGUUACAUUAGCCGUGUCACUGCCGGGCAGAGAAGUAUCGACAGAUGUUGAAGAGCCGAAAACCUCAGAUGAAAUUUUAACAGAGCUACGCAGCCUCAUGCGGAGGGAAGAUGUAGCUAUUGAUGCAUACAUAAUUACGUCAGUAGAUGCACAUCAGAGCGAGUACAUAUCGACUGGUGAUCAGCGAAUACAUUAUGUUAGUGGAUUUAGUGGAUCAGCUGGUACUGUCGUCAUUACAGCUGAUGAAGCUUUAUUGUGGACGGAUUCUAGAUAUCACAUUCAAGCUGAAGAUCAGCUCUACGAAAGUUGGACAUUGAAAAAAGCUGGUAACGUUGGUGUCGAGACGUAUCAAGAUUGGCUAACCCAUAACUUAGCCACAGGUUCUGUUGUGGGAAUCGAUCCGAAACUAAUUGACUCAUCAUCGUAUCUCGCCCUGUCAAUGUAUCUUUCGGCAGCUGGCUACACUCUGAAAUCGGUCGACAAAAAUCUUGUUGACCUGGUUUGGACAGAUAAGGAGCCGCCGCAUUAUGAGGAAAUUAUUGCUCUUCCAUAUGAAUUCUCUGGAAGAAGAAUUUCGGAGAAAUUAGCAGAUGUUAGACGGGAAAUGACAGUACUUGGAGUGCAAUCACACAUCGUUACGGCUCUCGAUGAUAUUGCAUGGCUAUUAAACCUACGAGGACUUGAUAUACCAUACAACCCCGUAUUCUUCGCAUAUGUAAUACUAACGUCGGAUAAAGUGCGCCUAUACGUUUUGGAACCCUCUCGAAUAACACCGAAUAUUCGAGAGCAUUUUCAGGAAGAAGGGGUUGAAGAUGAAAUCGAAGUUUUCGACUAUGAUCUGACUAAGGCUGGAUUAGCAGACAUUGUAGCAAAUACCAACGGUCAAAUACUCAUGUAUAAAACGAGCCAAGAUAUUUAUGAAACGGUUCCAGCUGCUAGACGAGUGGAGCGCACAAGUCCUAUUGUUUUACUGAAAGUGGUAAAAAAUCAAAUUGAAGCAAAUGGCAUGAGACAAGCGAAUAUAAGAGAUGGUGCCGCAGUCAUACAAUAUCUAUGCUGGCUGAGCCGGAACAUCGAUACAGAGGUUGUAACCGAGCUUUCUGGUGCUAGAAAAUUGGCAGAAUUUAGGGCGAAACAGGAAUAUUUCCGAGGUUUAAGUUUUGAGGCUAUAAGUGCUGUAGGGAGUAACGCGGCAAUGGCUCAUUACAGUCCUACUGAGGAGACAGCUGCGGUUAUAGAUAAAAGCAAAAUUUAUUUACUUGAUUCGGGCGGUCAAUACUUUGAUGGAACUACAGAUACCACCAGAACUGUGCACUUCGGCGUUCCGUCCGAUUUCGAGAAGGAAGCUUUCACAAGAGUACUGAAAGGGUUUAUAUCAAUGGGAUCGGCUAAGUUUCCCAAUAGAGCACCGUUCUCGUUUUUCGAUGCUAUGGCCAGACGAGCUUUAUGGGAUGUUGGAUUAAAUUAUGGUCACGGGACCGGUCACGGAAUCGGAGCGUAUCUAAAUGUACAUGAGUAUCCACCGUUGAUAUCUAGUGGAAAUGGUGAACCAGGAAUGAUUGAAAAUAUGUUCACGUCAAAUGAGCCGGGCUUCUACAAAGAGGGUGAGUUCGGUAUACGUAUAGAAGACGUAGUACAGGCCAUUCCUGCACCCGAAUUAAAAGGAAACUUUGAUAAUGUUGGCGCGUUGCAAUUCUAUCACAUAACAAUGGUUCCGAUACAAACCAGUCUCAUCAAAACCGAUUUGCUAACACCGCAAGAGAUCGAUUGGCUGAAUGAAUAUCAUGAAAGAGUUCUUACCAACACCGAUCCGGUGCUGGAAAGUUUAGGCGAUGAUGACGCUCGCGAAUGGCUCCGGGAACAGACGAAACCAAUUGUUCAUGAUCAUUGUAGUGUUUAGUUAACACACGACCUAAUUGUUAACAGUUGUUGAAUUUAUUAAAUUGAUCUUUCUA